AUGGGGGAAGAAGUCAUCGUUCUUCUUCUUCACACACACGAUGAAGAAGUCAUCGUUCUUCUUCUUCAUAAACACGGUCUAAUGACACUCUUGCCCCUCACAUUUUCCUCGUCCCUUGCUAUUGCUGCUGCUGCAACCGUACCUUCCUCCUCCCAUAGGCUUCCGAUCGCUUCUCCUACUGUUCACGGCUUUGUUUCCUUCAAGAAGCAUCGUCCUUGA